CUGUUCUUGUCCUUAUCCCGGAUCCAAGACAAAGACAUGCCGUAGACCAGUUAUAUACCCGCCUGGUAUACCGCCAACUCUAACUAGUCUGCUCUCUCGACGAUACACUGUAUAGUUGCAAUGUCCGCAGCAGUCCUGCCGUCGCACACGGUCUUAAACCUCACGUUCGGGUCCCUCUUGCUCGGAACCUUUGCAUCGGCAGUCUUUUAUGGGAUCAUCUGCCAACAGUGCCUCACCUUCUUCCACAGAUUCGCGAAGGAAAGUCUUGUCUUGAAAUCCUGCGUCGCAGCGGUUUGGGUAAUCGACUCGGCGCAUCUGGCGUUCGCAAUAUGCUCGGUCUACAUAUUGUUGAUGAAUAACAUGGGCCAAUUAUCUGGUGUUUUUCCCUCGACCUUUGUGGGCGUUACUAUGACCACAGCAGUUUCGGAUACCUUCGUGCGGGGCAUGUUCGUGUACCGUCUCUGGAUAAUGAGCGAGAAACAGUGGGCUGUGCUCGUCAUUCCAAUCAUCUUGAGUGUGGCCAAUUUAGGCGCUGCAGUAUCUGCCACUAUUGAAAUCGUGCAUGUUAAGACCCUGGUGUUCACGCCUGCACUCAAAGAGAUUUUUAUCGCGGACCUGGUUAUGCUCAUCGUUACAGAUUUUUAUAUCGCUGCGACUAUCUGCUAUUUCCUCCGCCGUCCACGUAGACAAGUCAGCGCUCUCACACUUUCAAUAACUAGGACUAUAAUGAUGUACACAAUCAACACUGGACUCGUGACAAGCGUGGCCUGGUUGGUGUGCCUGAUUACAGACGUCACUAUGCCCAACGACUUCAUCCAAUUUGGCAUCUACUUACCUACGAAUGACCUGUACAACAUCUGUCUACUGACGUCCCUCAACGCGCGGAAGCAUCUUCGCGCGGAGAACAGAGGUACGGUGGCCAUACUGAUGAACGGCAUCAACGGCAACUUGCAGAGGCCAGCUACGGGAGACCCCUUGGGUAACCUAUCCAUGCGCAAUCCGCGCAGCCAUCGGUUUGCCUACGUGAAGGGUGAACCAACGUCGCCCAUACAGGUCGGCAUUAUACACAAGCCUUCCGAGGAGACGGAUGCCGGAGCCGUAUUUCAACAGAAAAGCCCUGUCUGAGUGUCAGGAACCAUGUGCCAGAUUUCUUUUCUAUUAUCCUCUCAACGGAUAGUAUACACAACAUAUUCUCUCCUCUCGACGAAUAGUGUAGAUGGAAUUUCCUUACAUUAUCCUCUCGACGAAUAGUGUAGAUGAUAUUCCCUUACAUUAUCCUCCCGACAAGUAGUGUAAAUGAUAUUUCCCUACAUUAUC